AUGCAUUUCUAUUGUCAAUGUCUUAAUGUCACUAUUGAUGUAUUAGAAAUAAAUGAUAAUCAAGAAACACAGACACAUAUUCUUGCCAAUGAUUUAAUAAGAUUUGUUAAUCUACCUCAUGAAUGGUUUGAAUGUAAUAUAUCAUCGGAUUUAAGGAUACGUAUUGCAUGGCAAAGUUUAUUUCAAUCAAUAUCUAUACGUGAUAUGAAAUUAAACCGGUGUUUAGUUUGUAAUCAAUAUACACAUAUAACAAAUAACGAUACAAAUAAAAUGUUAAUUAAUAAAGAUCUUCUUAAUGAUAUAACAGUUAAAGAUAUUUAUCUUGAUCCAAAUUAUUCAAAAAUAACUAAAAUUGUUUUACCAACUAGAAUAAAUGGUUUACCAAUGACAAAUUUUUUAGGUUCACAAGAUGAAACUUUUCAACGUGAAUGUGAAUUAGUUCGACAACUUUAUCGUCAAUCAAUUGAUGAUGCUGAUCGAGAAACAGAAGAAAAAAUUCGAUUGUAUCAACAUGAACAAGAACAAAUUUUAGAUACAAAAACAGAAGCAAUAUAUAAAGAAUUAGAUACUUUUUUGAGUGUCAUGCGAGCAAUACCUCGAUAUGCAUCAAGUACUAAAACAUCUCCAAUAUUACAACCAUCAAAUUCUUAUAUUAAUGAAAAUAGUAUGGAGUCAGGUUUUGGUUCUGAUAUAUUUGAUGCUAAUGGAACAGAUUUAAGUCGACAGUCAUCAACAACCGAACGAACAUUUUCCGAACGUAUUAGUAAUCUAGAUGAUGAAAUAAUUGAUGAUCCUAUGUUUGAUAAUACAGGUUGGUUUUCUGGUAGAGAUAAUUCAUCGAAUUAUUCUACAUCAUUACCACAAGAUAUUGCAUUUCGUCCUUAUACAAUUCCUCAACCGAAUAAUGAUGAUAGUAAUGAUCUUGAACGUAUUGGUAAAUCAUUUCGUGAAUUAAGUCAGUCAUUAAUGUGUACAGAUGGUACAGAAGUAUUUGGUGAUUUACCUUCACCAAGACUUAAUGCUCGACAAACGUGA